CUUAAACCCAAAUUCAUGCUAUUCCCAUUAUUUCAAUCGGCAAUCCAGAGUGCAUUAACUUUCCCCACCACUACGAAGUUCACCCGCCGGAGUUGAGGCGGUGUUCACUGCAAUAAACCCAACACUAUGGUGCUUCAAGAUCUCCCGGACAAAAAAUUGUCGUUUAAUCGCACCAUUAAGUACGGAGAUUUAGUAAUUGUGUAUGAAAAGCACGACGCAAUGAAAGCCGUGAUGGUUUCAGAGGACGGGGUUGUACAAAAUCGUUUCGGGGCGUUUCAGCACUCGGAUUGGACAGGAAAACCUUUCGGAUCCAAAGUAUUUGGACAUAAAGGAGGGUUUGUUUACCUGCUGGCCCCAACGCCGGAGCUGUGGACACUCGUUCUGAGCCACCGGACUCAGAUUCUGUACAUCGCUGAUAUCAGUUUCGUGAUUAUGUAUCUGGAGAUAGUUCCGGGCUGUUUGGUUCUAGAAUCGGGAACGGGUAGCGGCUCAUUGACCACUUCGCUGGCGAGAGCUGUUGCUCCCACCGGUCAUGUUUUCACAUUUGAUUUUCACGAACAGAGAGCUGCCUCUGCUAGAAUCAGUCAAUUCAGUCAUUUCAGCCAGUUUCGUCACAAUCAACCGGUUCAGUCAAUUUCAGUGUUACCAAACAGGCUCUUUGUAGUAGCCAAUUGAGCACUUUUUCAAGGGAUGAUUUUGAGAGGACAGGAAUAAGUGAGCUAGUAAAAGUUGGGGUGAGAGACAUACAAGGUGAAGGGUUCCCUGAAGAGUUCACCGGAAGGGCAGAUUCUGUCUUCCUCGACCUCCCUCAGCCAUGGACAGCCAUACCUUCAGCUGGGAAAAUGUUAAAAGAAGAUGGAAUCUUGUGCUCCUUCUCCCCAUGCAUUGAACAAGUCCAACGCUCGUCUCAAGAAAUGGAAUCUCAUUGUUUUACAGAUAUAAGAACAUUUGAAGUGCUUCUCCGGGCCUAUGAAGUUGGGAAGAAAAGCAUGGAGAACAGCCUGAACAAAGAAGAGUCCAUUGAGGAACAUACACAGAAGAGAAAGCGAGGGUCUGGAGGAGACAACUGGAGUGUGAUGGUGAGGCCUUCUAGCGAGUCAAGAGGGCAUACUGGCUACUUAACAUUUGCCAGGCUUAAAUGCGUUAACCGUCCUGUUUUUAAGGAAACCUAAAGGAUUUCAUAAUAUGAAUAGUGAUGAAUCAUUUUUGCUUCAAAAGUCAAAACAAAUCAAAUUACAAUUUAUUCCUUCUGAGCACAUCACAUGUGUUUAUGGAAACUUUGCUUCAGUGAGAUUUGCAUCUCAAUAAUUAUGUUG